GACAGCAACUUUCAAGGAAAUUAAUAUUGAGAGGCUGUUUAGUGUAUGCUUGCAGUAUGCAAAGCAGCAGCUCUGAAGCAGUUAAAUCCCUGUGUCUUUUCCCAGCCUCAGGAGGCAGUUAUCCUCUGAAACGCCUUAUACAUUUUUAAAAUACUUCAGUAGGGACGUAAAACAGACGGAAAGGAUAUUACUUCAAAGCAUUGUUUUGAUGUUUCUCUUUACGCUGGAUUGAUGCAGAAAGCCAUGGAGCAAACUCUGAAGCAGAGUUUCAAAGAGACUGCAUAGGAUUUAGAGAAAGAUUUAGUAAUGGGUUAAUCUCAAUCUGUUCCAUCAGAAGCAAAGCCACUACUUUCAUAUAUUUUUUUUUUUACCCCAUAAAAAGCAGUGUUUCCUUGAAAGGACUUUUUGCAUCCUCCAAGCAAGGAGCUCUUCCUUUGCUUGGUGUAGAGAAAUUUGGUACAGGCUUUACAGUGCUCCAAGAAGCAAUUGCUUGCUGCUGUACAUUAAAAGAAUUGUUGCUGCUUCUGUCUUUAAAACAGCUGUUAAAAUAAGCAGCUAUUCCAGUAUAAUGAGCACUGUAUAUAAAGAUUAUAUAAAAUAUUAUUAAAAGUAAAGGAAUUACUUAGACUGUCUAAAUGGGUGCUUAAAGGAGUGCUAUUAUAACUUGCCUGAAAAUGUUGUUUUCAAGCAGCAUAUUAAGUUACAGGUUCUGAAAACUUAAAAGGAGAAAUGCUAUUCUCUUCUGUUUGUUUUGAUAUUCUCUUUUGUGUAGGUAGAUCAGCGUGGAGUUGCUCAUCAGUUGCCCAGUGAUGACCUUUAUAGGUCUAAAUCCCUCCUAAAAAACACAAGUCAGAUGGAAGCUUCUUAGUCAUGCUUUCCUCAAGUCCUUAAUGUCAAACUCCUGUUGCUUUCCUCUGUCAGCAUUUUGGUAUCUGACUGUUCUUAAACAUGUACUUAGUUCUUUCAAUUUAAGCUUCUCUAGUUCUACAUGUAGUUACAUCUCCAAGGGCUUGUAUACAUGCCUCAUUCUUGUUACAAGAAAAUUUAUUUCCAGUUGAUCAUUUGAGGAGGAAAACGCUAGAGAAUUUUAAAAAUCAUAACAAAAGCUUCUGUAAAUGCAGAUUUAGUUUGAAGUUAGGAUGCUGGGGACACCUGAACUUCUUGAUAUUUGAACAAGAACUGUAUUUAUUAUGUUCUUGUAGUACACAAGAUCAAAAUUCUGGCUCAGACAAUACUAUGUAUAAAGCUAUUAGGUACUUCUAAGGGUAAAAUCACUAAUAUAUAUUGAAUCAACACACACAUUCUGCAUAUUUUCUACACAUUAGGUAGCCUUCUUUAGGUUGGAGCUCUCAAAAGUGGUCCAUCUUAAUUAUCUAGCAGCAGUACUUCUGAAAUUCCUUCUGUAUGAUUCUUCAGGCUCUGAAACUGGGAAAGCUGAGACUUUUAAGAAAUGCAACUAAAUCCUCUGCUCUUGUUCUUAAUUAGCAGGUAUCUAAUAAUGGGUAGGUAUAAAUAGCAGGUAUCUAAUAAUUACAUAGUAGAUGAAAUCUGUUUCUCCAUAGGGGUGUUUCAGUCAGAGACAGAAUCAUAAAAAUGAUAGUCAACCUCAGGAAAUACCCCCUGCCUCAAGAACUGGAUAGCUUCAAUCUGCCUGUUAGUGUCUCACUCUGCAGAUAGUUUUAGCUAGUGAUAGGAUCUGUUUAGUAGAAAACCAUUAUCUUGUAACAACACAUGAACUACUGUUAUGUAGGAGUUGACAGUAUAAUUAAUCUGUUGUACUAUAAAGUGGUUUUGUGUUCUGUUGUUUAGAUGCUUUGAAGUUUGGCUAAUGAAUACUUCUCCCAUGUACUCCUGGUCUUGCCUGACACCUCUUCUCUGAAAAGCUAAGAUAAUGCACAGGGGCCGAUAGACAGAAUGCUGUCCUUACAUGGAUGUACUAUCAGCUCUGGCUUUGGACUAUUCCCAGAACAAUGGUCUUGGGUGCAAGCCGAUUACGCCUGUGCGCUCCAGAGGGAUAUCCUGCUGCAAGGACGCUUGUAUCUCUCUGAAAACUGGCUCUGCUUCCACAGCAACAUUUUCCGAUGGGAGACCACAAUUUCUAUUGCUUUGAAGGAUAUCACUUUCAUGACAAAGGAGAAGACUGCUCGUCUCAUUCCAAAUGCCAUACAAAUAGCAACAAAAGGAGAGAAGUUUUUCUUCACGUCAUUCAGUGCAAGAGACAGAAGCUACCUCAGCAUCUUCCGUUUGUGGCAGAACGUGUUGCUGGAUAAGAGGCUGACCAAGCAGGAAUUCUGGCAGCUGGUGCACCAGAGCUAUGGCUCUGAGCUGGGCCUGAACAGCGAGGAGAUGGAGAGCUUUCACUCAUCUUCUGAGGACAACGGGCAGUCUCGAUCCGGCAUUUGUGAUGAUUCUGGAGAAAGGGAUGAAAAACUACCCAAAAUGAUUGGUUUAGUUCAUGAGCCCACACUUCAAACAGAAGGAGAGUCACCCAACAGACACAUGUUGCCAGGAGUGGAGUCCUCAAGUGAGAAGCAAAUAAAGAGUCCUCUUCCAUCUUCAGAAAGAAAACCUGCUAAGCUAGUUAGGAGCAGAUCUUUAGAAAAGUCAUUGGACCUUAAUGAGAAUGAAAAUCUUCCAGAGAAGAGCAGUGCUUCAGAUAGUGAAGAAGCAGUGAAGGAGACCGUCUCUGACAAUGAUCUCUAUGGGAGACUUUUUAUAAACAGAGUUUUCCACAUCACUGCAGACAAGAUGUUUGAAAUCCUUUUCACCAAUUCUCACUUCAUGCAGAGGUUUCUUAAUUCCAGGAGUAUAGUAGAUGCUGUAUCAACCCCUUGGAAUAGAGACUCCAAUGGCAAUCAGUUGAGGACUUUGACGUACACUGUAACGAUUAACAAUCCGCUCUGUGGGAAGUUCACAACUGCAACUGAAAAGCAGAUCCUCCAUAAGCAGAGCCAGAAAGGUCAGUCUUACCAGGUGGAUGCUGAGGUGCUGACCCAUGACGUGCCCUACCAUGAUUAUUUCUACACUGUGAACAGAUACUGCAUCAGCCGCACAUCCAGUCACAAGUGCCGCUUACGGGUUUCUGCAGAAGUGAAGUACAAAAAACAGCCUUGGGGCCUUGUCAAGUCUGUAAUUGAGAAGAAUACCUGGGGAGGAAUACAGGAAAACUUCAAACAACUUGAAUCAGAUCUCCUUAUGGAGGAAUAUGCAAUUAAUCAAUCCAUAGAAGACUCUGGGAAAUUACUUGCUUUGAGACGAAGGCGACGCACUUUACACCGGGGUUUGGCAGAACCACUUCCCAAACGCUCUUCCCAACAUUCCUCUGGUGACAUGGGAGUAGAAUCCCAGGGCAGCUUAAUAGGAAGGAAAAGAGAUGCAGUAAGUAGGACCACCACCAUCAUUGUAGUAAUGAGUGUCUUUUUGCUGCUCUUGGUCUUGCUGAAUAUAACACUGUUCCUCAAACUCUCAAAGAUAGAGCAUGCAGCCCAGUCCCUUUAUCAUGUCCAGCUUCAGGAGGAAAGCUCUUUGAACAUAUCCCCAGAAAUUGUAUCAAAAGAGGAGAUGCCUCAAUAUGAUAAGGAGCAGGUUAAGCAUGUGAAGGGAGUUUUAAGAGACUCAAUUGAAAUGCUUGAGCAGCUGAAGAUUUCCCUUUCCAUGCUCCAAAGAAGCUUUGACCACUUGAACAGGACACAGAGCAGCAAGACUGAGAGUUAAUAGCCACAUCAGCUUUUCAUUCAAGACAUCAGAAGAACACGUGUGUGCGAGGACUUGUGGGGUAGGGACUGUAACUGUCUCCUCUGGACUCUUUACUGUUGCACAGAAUAAAGGUUUGUGGAAGAAGUAA